AGAUCCCACGUGACUCAAAAGUAAGGAAAGAUGAGAAGUUAGCAGUUGCGUAAAGAAGGACUGGGGCAGAUGAGGAUUCAGGAAACUGGAGGUUUAAGAUAUUGAGAGGAAAAGGUGGAAAUGAAGGAGAGUGAAGUGAUGGAAUGAUCCUAGUAAAGUGAUAAUGGGAGUGGAGGAAGAGAAGAGGGGGUGGAAAACUAGAUACAUGGCUACCAAAUUAAGGAGGCAUCCUCAUCCAGAGGAAUCGGCAUUCUUCCUCACUUUGUCUUUUUCUAGAAAGCACUCCUGACGCCCAAUUUCCAUUGGAAGAAAAGAUGUACCCAUAUUGUAUGUUGUGAGAAGGGGUUGUCUCAGCUUGGGGAAGUAAGGAGACUGAUAGGAAGGAAGUAGGAAAGAAAAAGUACAGAAGGAAAAGAGCAUGGAAAAGGAAAGGGUCAGGGAUGAGGCCAAAGAGAUCUCUUUAAAGGUCAGAGAAGGCGGGUGGAGGGGGGAGCUGGACAGCUGGGAGAUAGUGAGGGACAAAGGGCAAAGGAAACCAGACCAGAGGACUGGAGAGUGAGAUGGGGUGAGAUGGAGUCCUGGAGAGAAAAAGAAGAGAGGUGAACUUAAUGCUUGUCAUAUGGUGGCCAGAAUGGAGUUUUGGCCAGGGGCAUGGAUGCUGCUGCUGCUGCUCUUCCUGCUGCUGCUCUUCCUGCUGCCCACCCUGUGGUUCUGCAGCCCCAGUGCCAAGUACUUCUUCAAGAUGGCCUUCUACAAUGGCUGGAUCCUCUUCCUGGCUGUGCUCGCCAUCCCUGUGUGUGCCGUGCGAGGACGCAACGUUGAGAACAUGAAGAUCUUGCGUCUAAUGCUGCUCCACAUCAAAUACCUGUACGGGAUCCGAGUGGAGGUGCGAGGGGCUCACCACUUCCCUCCCUCACAGCCCUAUGUUGUUGUCUCCAACCACCAGAGCUCCCUCGAUCUGCUUGGGAUGAUGGAAGUGCUGCCAGGCCGCUGUGUGCCCAUUGCCAAGCGUGAGCUACUGUGGGCUGGCUCUGCCGGGCUGGCCUGCUGGCUGGCAGGAGUCAUCUUCAUCGACCGGAAGCGCACGGGGGAUGCCAUCAGUGUCAUGUCUGAGGUCGCCCAGACCCUGCUCACCCAGGACGUGAGGGUCUGGGUGUUUCCUGAGGGAACGAGAAACCACAACGGCUCCAUGCUGCCCUUCAAACGUGGCGCCUUCCAUCUUGCAGUGCAGGCCCAGGUUCCCAUUGUCCCCAUAGUCAUGUCCUCCUACCAAGACUUCUACUGCAAGAAGGAGCGCCGCUUCACCUCGGGACAAUGUCAGGUGCGGGUGCUGCCCCCAGUGCCCACAGAAGGGCUGACACCAGAUGACGUCCCAGCUCUGGCUGACAGAGUCCGGCACUCCAUGCUCACUGUUUUCCGGGAAAUCUCCACCGAUGGCCGGGGUGGUGGUGACUAUCUGAAGAAGCCUGGCGGGGGUGGGUGAACCCUGGCUCUGAGCUCUUCUCCCAUCUGUCCCCAUCUUCUUCCCCACACCUACCCACCCAGUGGGCCCUGAAGCAGGGCCAAACCUUCUUCCUUGUCUCCCCUCUCCCCACUUAUUCUCCUCUUUGGAAUCUUCAACUUCUGAAGUGAAUGUGGAUACAGCGCCACUCCUGCCCCCUCUUGGCCCCAUCCAUGGACUCCUGCCUCCGUGCAGUCUCCACUCUUGACCCCCACCUCCUACUGUUUUGUCUGUGGGACAGUUGCCUCCCCCUCAUCUCCAGUGACUCAGCCUACACAAGGGUGGGGAACAUUCCAUCCCGACAGUGGAGUCUCUUCCUGUGUGGUCUUCUCUCCCCCUCUACUCCACAUUGGCCAGUGGACUCAUCCAUUCUGUGGAACAAUUCUCCCCCACCCCAAAGUCCAUGGAUUCAAUGGACUCAUCCAUGUGAGGAGGACUUCUCGCCCUGUGGCUGGAAGCUGAUACCUGGAGCAGUCCUCCCAGGCUCAUCCUGGGAGCUUUCCUCAGCACCUUCACCUUCCCUCCCAGUGUAGCCUCCCGUCAGUGGGGGCUGGACCCUUCUAAUUCAGAGGUCUCAUGCCUGCCCUUGCCCAGAUGCCCAGGGUUGUGUACUCUCUGGGAUACCAGUUCAGUCUCCACAUUUCUGGUUUUCUUUGUCCCCAUGGUACAGUUCUUCAGUGGACCUGACCCCACUCAGCCCCCUGCAGCCCUGCUGCACCAUUUCACCAGACACAAGGGGAAGAAGCAGACAUCAGGUGCUGCGCUCACUUCUGCCCCCUGGGGAGUUGGGGAAAGGAACAAACCCUGGCUGGAGGGGAUAGGAGGGCUUUUAAUUUAUUUCUUUUUCUGUUGAGGCUUCCCCCUCUCUGAGCCAGUUUUCAUUUCUUCCCGGUGGCAUUAGCCAUUCCCUGCCUCUCGCUCCAGACCUAUUCCCACAACUGGGGAGGUAGGCUGGGAGCAAAAGGAGAGGGUGGGACCCAGUUUUGCGUGGUUGGUUUUUAUUAAUUAUCUGGAUAACAGCAAAAAACUGAAAAUAAAGAGAGAGAGAGA